UCCAAGAUGGCAGCUGCCGCCAGAGGCGCCUCCUGAAUCGCGGGCCCCGGAGCCAUGAAGCGGGCGAGCGAGCGGGAUUCCAGCCCGGCGGGGUCCGGGGGGACGCGGGGCGCCUCCUCGGCCAAGAGGCCCCGCGAGCGGGAGCGCGAGAGCGGCGGCGCCAGCGGCGGAAGCAGCAGCCGGCGGGGCCCGCACCGGAGCUCGGGCGCCUCCUCCUCGUCGUCGUCCGCCUCCGCCUCCGCCUCAUCGCGCAGCGGCCGGGACAAGGCGGCGGCGGGAGGCUCCAGCUCGCGCAGCCACCGCGGGGAAGAACGGCCCGGAGGCGACUCCAAUCACCGCGGCGCCGCCUCGUCCAGCGCUAGGAGCAGCAGCAGCAGCAGCCAAGCCGCCUCCGCCGCGGCACCGCCGCCCCCGUCCUCCUCCUCGUCGUCGUCUUCUUCGCGGGCGCUGGGGGCCGCCAAGGCCAAAGUGCCUCUGGCCGCCGUGGUCGCCCCAUCUUUGCUGCUGGGCGGGCCUUCGGCGGUGGCCGCGCCGUCACUGCUUUUGGCGCCGGGGCUCGGACUGACGGCCGGGGUGGGGCUGGCCGGGGAUCCCCCCGGCUCCAGCGAGUACAAGACCCUGUUGGUGAGCGGCCUGGGCCCGGCCCUCCCGGACCAGCUUCUGGAGGAUGGGCUGUUCCGCCAGUUCCAGAGGUUCGCUAGCGGCGGCGCCAGUGACAUUAGCGUCAAGCUCUCCCAUACCCCCGAGCUCGGCCGCGUUGCCUAUGUCAACUUCAGGCACCCGGCGGACGCCCGAGAUGCUCGAAGGCAUGCCAGAGCCCGACAGCUUCUCCUCUACGAUCGCCCCCUCAAGGUGGAGCCUGUGUACCUGCGAGGGGGCAGACGAAGCCGCACGCCCCCACCUACCCCGUCCCCUGAACCCAUGGCUUUCCUGCCCCCAAUCCAUGGUGUUUAUCCUUAUAAACAGAGAUCACUUUCUCCUGUUGCCACCCCUUUGCUGAGAGAGCCCAGACCACGACAUGCUGCCGCUGCAGCCUUUGCCUUGGAAGCUGUUGCCUUGGGUCUCUCUCGGGAGCGGGAGAGAGUGCUGGAUUACUAUGGACUGUACGACGAGCGCGGCCGUCCCUAUGGCUAUCCCAUAGUGGCUGAAGAGGAUCUUAAGCCAGAGGAUGAUCAAAGAGCGACUCGUAAUCUCUUUAUUGGCAAUCUGGACCACAGCGUCUCUGAGGUAGAACUGAGGCGUGCUUUUGAAAAAUAUGGCAUCAUUGAGGAAGUGGUGAUCAAGCGCCCUGCAAGGGGCCAAGGUGGAGCCUAUGCCUUUCUAAAGUUCCAGAAUCUGGACAUGGCACAUCGAGCCAAGGUUGCCAUGUCUGGCCGGGUUGUUGGCAGGAACCCUAUCAAAAUUGGGUAUGGGAAAGCCAACCCCACAACCCGACUUUGGGUGGGUGGUCUUGGUCCAAGUACUUCCCUAGCUGCCCUUGCUAGGGAAUUUGAUCGCUUUGGAAGCAUUAGAACUAUUGACUAUGUGAAAGGGGACAGUUUUGCCUACAUUCAAUAUGAAAGUUUAGACGCUGCCCAGGCUGCCUGUGCACAAAUGAGGGGCUUCCCUUUGGGUGGGCCAGACAGGAGACUUCGAGUGGAUUUUGCCAAAGCUGAGGAGGCACGCUACCCUCAGCAGUAUCAACCUGCACCACUGCCUGUACCCUAUGAAUUGCUACCUGAAGGCUACAGCAGGCACAGGAGUCUAGAGCAAGACUUAAGGGUGAGAGACAGGACUCCUCCUCAUCUCCUCUACUCAGACCGGGAAAGGGGCUUUUUAGAGGCUGAUUGGACCAGCCCUGUCAAAAAUGCAGAGCGCAGAAAUAAUUUGGAGACCUACAGUCAGUCCGCACGCAGCCGAAGUGGAGAACGCUGGGGCAGCGAUAGUGACCGAAGCGUGCUCAAACCAUGGGAGGAAAGGCGUAAACGCCGUAGCCUUUCCAGUGACCGAGGUAGAACUGCCCAUUCGCCAUAUGAGGACAGAGGCAGAACAAAACCUGGUGGGCCAGCUUUAGAUCGCAGCCCAGAGAGGGCUCGGAAGGAGAACCACACCACAGAGUCUGCCACGGAGAAAGAGCAGAAUAACUCCCUGCAGAACAACCGCCAUGCAUCAGAGGAGAAGCCUCACCGUGAAACAUCUGAUCUUCAGCCUAAGAAAAGGGACAGCGAACGCAAUCAUCGAACUGCUGAGGCUGAAUCAAAGACUCAUGAAGAGUCCAAAUCUGAAACAAAGAAAUUAAAAAGCUUAUCAGAUUAUGCCCACACGCUGCAGCUUGCCUGGAAUGGGCUACUUGUCCUGAAAAACAGCUGCUUCCCUACAUCUAUGCACAUCCUUGAAGGCGACUUGGGGGUUAUCAAUGGGCUUCUGAAAGACCACUUGUCUGGUGGAAAGCUCACGCAGCUCAAGAUUGCCCAGAGACUUCGGCUUGACCAGCCCAAGCUGGAUGAAGUAACUCGACGUAUCAAGCAAGGAAGCCCUAAUGGCUAUGCUGUGCUGCUGGCUACCCAGACUGCUCAAGGAGCAAGCACUGAAGGGGCCGUCCCUGUGGUAGAGCCUGGCUUGCAAAGACGGCUUCUCAGGAAUCUGGUCUCUUACUUGAAACAAAAACAGGCUGCUGGGGUGAUCAGCCUUCCUGUGGGAGGGGCGAAGGGUAAAGACAGCACAGGCAUGCUUUAUGCUUUCCCUCCUUGUGAAUUCUCUCAGCAGUACCUCCAGUCCGCACUAAGAACAUUGGGAAAGUUAGAAGAAGAGCAUAUGGUGAUAGUGAUAGUCAAAGACACUGCCUAGUAUUUACUCUCUGUCUCCUCUCUUUCCUCCCUCUUUGCUGAUUCCAUAUUUCUUUGUAUCUCACACAGCCUGGUUGCUUUUAAGGCCAAUUUCUUUGAGCGAGGCUCCAAAAGUCCUCCAAAAAAAUUCUACAAUUUAAUUAGUUUCUAAUUUUAAUACCAUUUUAAUCCCAUUUUGUUUUAAUAUGUGGCACUGUCUGCUGUGUUCUUAUUUUUUAAAUGUAUGAAAAGUUGUCAGUAAAGCCUUGUUCACUGAUGGAUUUUUAA